AUGACAUUUUCCAGUGCCAAAAGGGUUACUCUAUAUAUUGAUUUUAUUUUUUUUAUCUGCAUCUUUCUUUAAUCUAUAGUUGUUUGGUAGCUAUUCAGUCCUGGGUAAAUGAUGCCUAACAUGUAAUCCAUAUUAUUAUUAUUUAUUUUCUUUGCUUUCCUGUUUGCUGGUAAGAAUUUGUGCAUGCAGAGAUAAAAGCAGGAGAGGAGCUGUUGCCUAGACAGGAGGCUCUAAUGAGGACCUGCACCCCUGGGAGCUGAAAUCUGAAGUGGAGUGAGAUCGCCUUCCUGCCUGUGUGGUGGUUGUUGCUUCAUUUGUUUCCCCACUUCCCCUCUGUCAAAGACUGGCCUAGGCAAGAGCUGUCCCUGGUCCUGGAAUGCAGUCUGAGGGGGCUGGUGGAUGUCGACAGAUUGCAACCCAGAGAGAGAGAGAGAGAGAGAGAGAGAGAGAGAGAGAGAGAGAGAGAGAGAGAGAGAGAGAGAGAGAGAGAGAGAGAGAGAGAGCGAGAGAGCUAAAAAGGGAUGAAAUUUGCUUCGUGGUUGAAGGUAGGCUUGCUCUUUGUCUCGUGAUUUACAAUUCUGAAUCCCUGAUUAAUCUGCUGCUGCAGCUUUGACAGACGGAGGCAGCUAAAGAUCGCAAGCCUGCCGGUGGUGGUCACGGGAGAGGGAUGAUACCACAAGCCAGGCGGCUCCCAACCUUCUGUAUCUAAGGGGCAUGAGGAAGCAUCUUUCUUAAAAGUAGGUCUCCCCACUUGUUUUGAUUUUUGUUUGCCAUUGUUUUUUGUGUUUUGCCUUUAGAAAUAUCAUGUGCAAAUGAAGCUUGCUAGUGAGCCUGAUGUGUCUGCAUUAGGUCGUGUUGUUCUAUGCUGUGUGGUAAAGUGGAUAAAAAAGCAUCCAGCUGCCUCUUUGCUGGACAUCCAGGCAAGGUACAAUUUGCAGCUGUCCCUUGUCUCCACUCUCUGUGAUGGGGGAUUAAAGAAGCACCACUAAAUCUUUUGCAACCAAUUUGAAAAGGAAUUGCAUUGCAGACAUGAAGAUGGUUAUAGUCAAAUUGACACUAUAUGGGAUUCCAAGGAGCUGCUCCAAGCCUUUUCUGUAUGAAAACAUGACCCCAAGUGAAGAAUAUUUAUUUUUGAGCCAUUAACUGGCCAGUUUUUUAUGGUGCUGAAAUUUACCUUUUUACCUGCACUGAAGUUAACUGCAGAAAAGGGCUUUGCUAAGAAGAAAUUAACCAGCUUCCGAAUUGUACUUCACAGAGCUAGAUUCAGCAAUUUUUGAAGUACUUUCUGAUUGCCUUUGAGAAAAAAUGAAUUCGAAAGAAGAAGAAGCCAGUUUGACUCGGUUUUUCCAGUAUGUUGAAGACAGAGGACUCCGAGCCUACGAUGGUUUGGUUAUACAGAAUGCCUCAGACAUUGCCAGGGAGAAUGACCGAAUGAGGAAUGAAACCAACUUAGCUUACCUGAAAGAGAAAAAUGAGAAAAAGAGGAAGCAGGAAGAGGCAAUAAAACGCAUCGGGGAGGGCGUUGCAAGAGGAGGCGAUGGUGGCUAUGUGGGAAAGCAUUUCCGAAUGGGAUUUAUGACAAUGCCUGCCCCACAGGACCGACUACCCCACCCUUGUGGGGUUGGAUUUUCCGUUAGGUCACAGUCUCUGCACUCAGUUGGGGGUGGAGAUGAUGACGGUGUCAAUUCACGCAAACAGCCUCCCCCCAAACCCAAACGGGACCCCAACACUAAGUUGAGUAGCUCCUCAGAAACUGUCAAUGCUGGGACAACGUGUAAAGCAUGGAAGGAUUUGGAUAAAAUUGACGGUCAGGACCCCCUUGAAAGUGAUCCGCAAGACUCAAUGGCAUCAACGAAACCAAGGCCACAUAGUGAUGAAUAUACAAAGAAGAUCCCCCCUCCAAAACCCAAACGAAAUCCAAACACUCAGCUGAGCACGUCUUUCGAUGAAUCGUACAUCAGGAACCACUGCUCCAUGAAGACGUCAAAGAAGGAAAAGUCCUCUUCACAGACACACAGUCCAGCCCGAGACACUGAUGAGGAUGAGCCUGUGUACAUUGAAAUGGUGGGAAAUAUACUAAGAGACUUCAAGAGGGACAACGAGGACCAAAGUGAAGCGGUAUAUGAGGAAAUGAAGUACCCUGUAUUUGAUGACCUUGGCCAGGACACCAAGUGGCCCAUUAUUUGUAACUAUGAAAACGUUAGCUGUACUACUCCUACAGUGCCUGAUCUGGAAUUCAUGAAAUCAAUGGUGCCAUCAACUCCGAAAGGCAUGCUUUGUGAAAUCCCUCCCCCCUUUCCAAAUCUGCUGUCCCACAGACCACCACUGCUGGUCUUUCCACCUGCACCAGCGCAGUGUUCUCCAAACUCGGAUGAGUCUCCUUUGACCCCUCUGGAAGUCACCAAGCUGCCCGUUCUGGAAAACGCUCCCUAUAUAAAGUCUGGAGCUUCUCCAUCUUCUGCAUCACCUCAGACCUCCAUCCACCACAAAAUAGAAAAGGAACUGCCUGUGACGCACACCAGCACAGCUUCUGGACGCUCGUCUGCCCCACCGCUUCAGUCAAACUUGUACAAAUCAUCGGCUUCCGCUCAAGGAUAUCCCAGGAGCCACUCAGCUUGCCCGUCUCCCGUGAGCAUGGGGAGGUCUCUAACUCCCUUAAGCCUCAAGAGACCCCCACCCUAUGAAUCUUUACAUUCAGGGAGUAUCCCCAGAAGCUAUUCUUCAGUGCCUCACUCGUCAAUCAAGAACACUUCACAGGAAGGGACGAAACUGGCAAACUCCUCCUCCAGUGCACAUGGCUCCAUGCAAAACAUGUCCCGGUCAAAAACACCCACAAGUCCUUUAGAUGAACUAGCAAGCCUUUUUACCUCAGGGCGGAGCCUUUUGAGGAAAUCUUCCAGUGGCAGGAAAUCCAAGGAGUCUGCAGAGAGUGAAGCAAAGAGCAGAAGCCACAGCACUGAGCCUCUUCUCAGGCACGAGAGCAAAGACAAAGGGGGUCACGGAACCAUGAGAGAGCAGAAGGCGGCCCAUGAAUGGGACGGUGAGCCUGGACAACCAGCAACAGCAACAUCCAGUCGGCUGGGAAGAUCGUCUGUCAGCCCAACUCUAAUGUUAGGGAGCAGCAGUUCAGAAUCGAAAGCAGUUUGCAAGCUAGGUCGAUCUGCAUCCACCUCAGGUGUGCCUCCUCCCUCCGUCGCCCCCUUCAGGCAAGGCAGUGAGAUGCAACAGAGCCAGGUAACUCAUAUGCAAUGGGUAUACGGGGACAACACCAUGAUGGCAAUGAUAGAGAAGAAGCGCUGCCUGUGCAAAGAGAUCAAGGCGAGACAGAAACCUGAUAAAGGUUUUUGUAAACAGGACAGCAUGCCUAAUCUGCCAAGCUGGAAAAAGAACAAUGGAAACAAGAAGUACAGUCCCCCCCCCUACACCACACAAACUACUGUGUUCUGGGACACGGCCAUCUGACAAAGCCCUGGGUGAAAUAUAUUCCCUUUGGUUGCAACCUUUGACCUGUGCAGGUAGAUCAAAGGCUUCCUUAAUAAGGUGACAGUUGUGACCUAUGUCAUCACUAUCGGAACUAGGCAAUACAGAAGAAAAUGGGGGGGGUCCACAAAUGUUUUCUUAUUACUGUUUAUAUUUCAUAUUUUUCUAUUUGAAUAAAUGUCUUAAUAUGAAAUCUGCUUAGUAUUACCUAGAUAUUUUCUAAACAAACAAAAAAAAGUAGAUUUAGAAUGAUCCAAUAUGUUUUUGAUCUUGUUUUAGUUGUACUUUUGUUGCAAGACAUCCAUACGUAUCUUCAUUUGUUCUUUAUCAAUUAUUAGUGCCAUUAUGUUAGGCCAAUUAGUGAGCUUUUCACUUCAUCUUUUUUUUGUAAGAUUCUCAAAAUUAAUUUUCCUACAACGAUAUUGAAAACAAAAUAAUAAUAUUUUAAUGGACGUAUAUUUUGAGAUCUGUAAUGAGGAUGUUAUUUUAAACAUUUUAACUGGGGACAGCUUGAAUUUUAUUAAGACAAACAAGACAGCUUAACUAAGUUAAAAUGUUUUAUUAUUUAUGUGAUAUUUGAACUGGUUCCAUGUGUUCCAGUAUUCUGAUGGUUUGCAAUCUUGUGCACUACCCCUUAGAUGAAUGGAAAAAUAUCUGUGUGAUGGAAUACCCCAUUCAAUCUCCAUUCAAUCAAAAACAAAUGGCUUUUUUCUUGUCUUUUACAGCUGGGGACUACAGACAUUUGAAACGUACUGUUUAUCGCAACAUGCAUAGCAAGCUGCUGAAAUACAUUUUUUUAUGAGCAAUUCUACCAGCAUGUUGCUAAAACUCAAAUCACUUUCUGGAAGCCACCACUAUGUAACACAAUUUUUGUUCCUGGGUAGUAAGUGUUAUUUCCUGAUUGCUUAUGCCUCAAAAGUAUAGAAAAUGGCUAUUAUUCCCCACAAACUUUGCUUUUGUGACCAGGACAGUGAUAUUUUGAAAUUUACCUACUUCCAAUGAGAAAACGGGCGAAUUUGUGUCUUUUCGUUCACAUAAAGUCAGAAAAAAACAACAUAUGAAUCCAAAUUAACAUGUAUUUAUACUAAAGUAAUACAAAAAUGACUACAAAAUAUUUAGAAGUGAGUAGUUUUUCGAGAUUUACGAUUAUACUGUAAAUCACUUUCACGAAUCAGCCCCCAAAUGUAGUCUCCCAUCAUGUUCUCGUUAUACUGUCCUUGGUAGCGGCGUUCAAAGUCCAGUAUAUCCUGGUGGAAGCGCUCGCCUUGCUCCUCCGAGUACGCUCCCAUGUUCUCCUUGAAUUUAUCAAGAUGAGCAUCAAGGAUAUGGACUUUGAGGGACAUCCUACAGCCCAUUGUGCCGUAGUUCUUCACCAGAGUCUCAACCAGCUCCACAUAGUUUUCGGCCUUGUGAUUGCCCAGGAAGCCCCGAACCACUGCGACAAAGCUGUUCCAAGCCGCUUUCUCCUUACUAGUGAGCUUCUUGGGGAAUUCAUUGCACUCCAGGAUCUUCUUUAUCUGUGGUCCGACGAAGACACCGGCUUUGACCUUUGCCUCAGACAGCUUAGGGAAGAAGUCUUGAAUGUACUUGAAGGCUGCCGACUCCUUAUCUAGAGCUCUGACAAAUUGUUUCAUAAGGCCCUUCCGGGGGUCCACCAGUGGCUCCCACUUGACGUUGUUCCUCCUCACAGAGAACUCGGUCCGCUUGGAAGGGUCCACCAUGCAGACAUAGCAGUUGCUUGAGUGGUCAGUGGGUUCCCGCCAAAUUCUUGGGAUAGCGAACUUCAUGGCUGUCUUUUCCCCUCUGUACCAUCCUACAAAAAUACAUUUAUUUCACCCAUGUGUAAGAGAUUCUCGCAACAUUUUUCAUAUAUGAUAUAUUUUUUCAAUAACAUUGAAAAUUGUAAAACAUUUUAAAAUGAAAAACUUUUACAAUUUUAAAAAUUUUAACAAAUUUUAUAAAAUAAAAUUCCGAGCAACAAUUGUCCAUCUUACCUUCCAGAGUUUUUUUGCAGUGCUUGCAGGUGAAAUGAGGUGCCCAGGGUUUGUCUUGAUCCCCGACAGGCAUGCAGAAAUAUGCCUUGUAGGCCUCACACAUCUUAGCAGAUGCUUCCACGGAGUACUUUUUCGCUCUUGUCUUCAUAAAUUGGCCGCAGACAUAGCAAAAUGCGUCUGCCGGAUGCUUGCAGCCUCUUGAUGCCAUCUCAGAAAAAUGCAGAUAUGUAUCCACUUAGGCAGCUGGAACUAAACUGAACUGGUGGGCUUAAGGCCCCUGUAUUUAUACUACUAUUUAUAUUACUGGAAAGUUCUAGAAAGUUCUAGAAGUUACUCCAAGUUUACUCAGCACUGAAUCUAUCUGGAAUGUUCUGGAAAAUAGGUAAAUUUCAAAAUAUCACUGUCCUGGUCACAAAAGCAAAGUUUGUGGGGAAUAAUAGAAAUUUUCUAUACUUUUGAGGCAUAAGCAAUUAGGAAAUAACACUUACUACCCAGGAACCAAAAAAAAAAAAAAAAUUUGUUACACGGUGUUGUCAUCAACAGAAGUACUGCACCUGUGCUGUCAAUCUUUUGAUUAAGUAGCAACCACUUCCAAUUCGUAUUGAAGCGUGUUUCACAGAAAACCCUCAUAAGAAUUGUUUGGCUUUCAGAUAUCAUCUACAGGUGUUUGGGCCAAUUUACACAUCUGGGUGGUGUGUUAAUGUGUUCUCUCAGUGGUGUUGUGAUGGAAACCGCCACAAACCCUCCUGAACUAAGAGCAUUUGAGUUUUUAGUAAAUUGCUAGCUACGUAACAUUGCAGCGAUGGCACAUCUGCUCAUUAAUAAGGGCAAAGCCAUCAACUCCAUCCAUCAGUUUUCAAGGCUAGGGUUGUGAGGUGCCAACUUCUUCUAGUCAGCCAACUUCUUAGCAGGGAGACACUACAGUUUUUGGGUCCCAGCCAGAUGAUUCAAGAUCAAAUCCAGACCCAGGCAACUGACCAGCCACAAUUUGGAUAUGGGCUUGAAUCUCAAUUUGGACUCAAACAGCAGAUCUUUAACCUCUAGAUAUGCAGAGACCACACAUCCACUGUUUUUCACUAAAUUUCUUUACUCAUGCUUACAGUGAUCAAAAGACAGACAGUAUGGAGUGUGAUUUUGCAAUUGGCAUGCUAGAAAUACUGGGGAUUAAUAGUGUACAUCAACUGUAUUCAGCAGUGCUAUAUUGAACCUUCAGUAAACUCAUUUUUCAGUGAGCACUAAAACCAAAAGGAGUAGGACUUAAAGAUGCACUUGUUAGCAAUGUCGUUAGUUUUACAGUCACUCUUUCCUGUCCUAGUGACUGUGUGUCUGAAGCUAUCUUAAAGUCUCCCUUUGGCUCAACCAGCACAGUCAUAUGUUUCCUUGAGCCUUAGAGAAACAGGGUCAAAAAUAGUCUAAAGUCUUAAAAUACAGAUAUAAACUAUACCAAAUUCAACUACACAAUGAUUGGAAUAGGUGUGGAGGUGGUGCUACAGCUAAGGCAUGACAAAGAGUUUUUAUAGCAAGUACACCUUACAGAAGCCCUGAACCGCACAGUGAAAAAAAAAUGAAGGAGAUUUAUCUUGUAUGUACAUACGAAUUUGUUUCUCGUACAUCCGAGACAGAUAUAGAGUUUAUCAUACAUACAAGAAACUAUCUCGUAUCUACGAGAUAAUCGCCUUCAUUUUGUUUUCACUGUGCUAUAGAGGGCUUCCAUGACCCCUCUUAAACAAACUCCUUGUGCUCCCAUGAGAGCUUUUAGCAGGAGGCUAUUCAAGUCACACAGGUAUUGAACAGCUUGCAAUGACACCUUUGCUAAUAAUAUAGUUGCCUUGAGGAGACCACGGUUCACUGUGACUAAAGAUAGUGGGUCACUUAAGGGUUAAAUGAUAGGGUAGUAUUGAGGCUGGUUGCCUAAAUCACUGUAAAAAUAAAUGUAUUACUUAGGGAUACUAUUGAAAAACAGCUGUGCUGUUAAAUUUGUUUAUAGUUUGUUGUUAAAAAUUGUUCGGCUUGUUAAAAAAAAAAGAUAAAAACAACUCAGUAACACUGUUACUGCGGUACCAAAAAUAAGUUUAAAGGAAACUUAAACAGGUUUCUAAUCAACCAAUAACAGGAUAAACAUUGAAAUAAAAUGUGCAAUCCUUUGUUUAAAAAAAAAAACUUUGGCGAGCAACCUCUUUAUUAAAAUGCAGAAGAGGUUAUAAAAUAUGUCCACAUAAUGUGUGUCUUGAGCUAUGAUAUGUGCAAAUCAAUUCCGAAAAGAUUGUUUAGCAUUCACUUUUUCUGCUUCUUGGCGUGGAGAUUUUAAAUAUAAUAAUAGUGUACAAUUUAUUUUGUGUAAGGUGCACUGUGAUUUAUAAAGAAUGCACAGUAACAUGACCGUUUUUUGUCUUUAUUACACUGAAAGUGUUUCUUUUUUAUUUUGAAAAGUAUGCUUGAAAAGUAUGCUUAUUGUACCACUGUUUCCUUUUGAAAACCUACAGAUUAUAAGACAAAUAAAUAACAUUUUCGCAUUUCAUUGACAAGAAAUGCAGAAUUAUUCAGUGGCCUGUGUUUCAUUUUACAACAAAUACAAAUGAGUCAAGAACUUUUGUACAUUCUAACUUGAACUGUUUACAAGUAACAAAAUAAUGGAAUGUUUUAACAUUCGUUGUUAGAAUCCAUGUUGACAAACAUAUCAGACGUGUGUCUCACAGGUAUAUCUCAUUCAGAGUGUAUUUAUUAAAAUGACUGGAGCAGGUUAAUCAUGUAUCUAUUUAUUGCUCUCAUUUUUUUGCGCACAAUAAAAGCACAGACUUUCAAAUUA